GGCGGAGCGGGCGGGGGGCGCCGGGGGCGGGGCGCGGGCGGAGCGGGCCGGGGGCGGGGUGCGCCCUUGCCGUGCGCGCUCAGCCCGAGGAGCCAGCGGCGCCCCGCGGUCCUAAGAGCCGCCUCGCCGGGCGCCGGCGCACCAAGGUCUCCCGGAGGCCGCCCUCCAGCGCGCCCCGAGGCGCCCCCACUUCCCGCGGGGAGGCUGCGAAGCUUUGUCCCGCGGACCCGGGGCUGGGCCCAGAGCAGUCAGGGGAGCCCCGCCGGCCCGCCCCCGGGAAGCCCCUCCCGCCGCCGGCUCCUCCUCUUCCCCUCGGCCGCCGCCCCGCCCCGCGCCGCGACCCAAACAGCACCGCGCCCGCCCGCCCUCCGCGACAGAUCGCCAGCCCCCGCCCGCGCCCCCCGCCCGCGCCCCCCGCUCGCGCCCCGCCGGCCCCCCGCCCGGCCCGGCCAGCGAUGCUGCUGCUGGCGGCCGCCUUCCUCGUGGGCUUCGUGCUGCUGCUCUACAUGGUGUCGCCGCUCAUCAGCCCCAAGCCGCUCGCGCUGCCCGGGGCGCAUGUGGUGGUGACGGGCGGCUCCAGCGGCAUCGGGAAGUGUGUGGCCAUCGAGUGUUACAGACAGGGCGCCUUCAUCACUCUGGUGGCCAGGAAUGAGGAAAAGCUGCUGCAGGCGAAGAAAGAAAUUGAAAAGCACUCCAUUAACGACAAACAGGUGGUGCUCUGUAUAUCAGUCGACGUGUCUCAAGACUACAGCCAGGUGGAGAACGUCAUAAAGCAGGCACAGGAGAAACUGGGUCCAGUGGACAUGCUUGUCAACUGUGCAGGGAUGUCGCUGUCCGGGAAGUUUGAGGAUCUGGAAGUGAGUACUUUUGAGAGACUGAUGAGCCUCAACUACCUGGGCAGCGUGUACCCCAGCCGCGCCGUCAUCACCACCAUGAAGGAGCGGCGUGUGGGCAGGAUCGUCUUCGUGUCCUCACAGGCGGGCCAGCUGGGGUUGUUCGGCUUCACCGCCUACUCCGCAUCCAAGUUCGCCCUCCGGGGCCUGGCCGAAGCUCUGCAGAUGGAGGUGAAGCCGUACAACGUGUACAUCACGGUGGCCUACCCUCCCGACACAGACACCCCGGGGCUGGCAGAGGAGAACAAAACCAAGCCUCUGGAGACCCGCCUUAUUUCAGAGACCACGGCAAUUUGCAAACCAGAACAGGUGGCCAAACAGAUCGUUAAAGAUGCCAUCCAAGGAAAUUUUAACAGUUCUCUUGGCUCUGAUGGGUACAUGCUGUCAGCCCUGACCUGUGGAAUGGCUCCGGUAACCUCCAUCACUGAGGGACUCCAGCAGGUGGUCACCAUGGGCCUCUUCCGCACCAUCGCCUUGUUUUACCUGGGCAGUUUUGACAGCAUCAUCCGCCGCUGCAUGAUGCAGAAGGCCAAGUCCCAGACCUCGGACAAAACUGCUUAACUCUGGCCCCCGCUGGCGGAAGGACGGUUUCUAAAUCACCCUAACAGCUUGCUGCUCGAGGGGACCUGGUUCUCGGCCUGCAGACGCUGGCGUGCUGCUUUUGAGGUGGACCGGCACCCUCCAGAAACCUGGCUGUGAGCAAGGGGCUAGAAAUCCAAGUUCGAGUCCAGAUGCUGCUCUUAACUCUAUGCAAAUAUGGACUGGGAGCAUGGUCCAUCCUUGGGACUUGGGGGUGGGGAUGGGGUGGGCAGGCAGUGAUGACUUGGGGAGCCAACAGUGGGUAGCAGUCCAGGCCAGAGGUCCAGAGUCUUUGUUUAAUUCCUCCUCCUCCUCCUCCUUUCCUUGCUCAUAGAGAUCAAGUUCAGAAAUGUUCUUUGUGACUCUUUAGAGAUCCUAGGACUUUUAUUUUUUUUAAAUCUCACUGGAAAGACAGUUUCUGGGUUUCUAGGGCCUGUUUGAUGUUUGUUUGUUUAAACUGGUGUGUUUUAUUCCUGGUGAGUUUUUCACAAUGUCAGUGAGCCUGAAGGCAUGGGAACAUCCCUGGCUUGCUCUGUGUUGCCAGGCACUAUGGCUUCUCUCUCUCUCUCUCUCAUAUCUCAUAAAAGGAGUGUGGCGGUUGAGAGAGAGAGAGAGAGAGAGAGAGAGAGAGAGAGAGAGAUAUGCAGUGGCAGGGAGGGAAAAAAAAAAAAGAGUGCUAUCUUGUCUUUAGACCGGAAUCCAGGGGCACUUUGAGUUUUCCACUGGGGGAGGUGGGUGGGGAGGAGACAGCCUGCUCAAAAUGUUUCCUGAGGAGAAAUAAAAGAAGCUUAAACGUUUACGAUUUCUUCGAUAGCCAUGCCAGCCAGAAAUCUUACCUGUUUCAUGCCAGCAUCUUCUCCUCUCGUCCUUUUUGUCCAUUCUAGCUUUUGCUUAUCUCACUGUCAUAUUUUUCUAAGAAAUGAGAAGACCAGUUGAAUUCUUUCUGACCUUCUUCCCCCACCCCACCCCCGUCACCCCCAGUGAAUUCCCCGACUUCAUUAAAACAAGUGGGAAACAACAGUGUGGCGUUCUUCGACUCACAGCAUCUAUGUAGCUCUUAAGGAAGGCGGAGGAGGAUGGAUCGCUUUCGUCCAUUAUUUGACUCCUUGCGAAAAAUGGAGGUGGGCAAGAGAGUUGGUUUUGAAAUGCAGCACUCGCCUUGUCCUUCCUGUGCCCCUCCCUUGCCUGGCCGCUUUACAGUGACCUGAGAACAUUCCGUGUCCUUGCUAUAGCCUCAGCAGCUCUCUUGAUCCUCAGGUUGCAGGCCAAGCUGUUCCCUGCGUGGAUUUCCACAGUAAGUGCCUACAGUGAGCCUUAGCCUAUGUCACCUCUCUCCCUUCUCGUCAGACCCACUUCUCCGACCUUGGACCUUCUCUUUCACUCUUUAACACUGUGUUUCCUCCUCAUUCUCCUCGGAUAGAGGAUAAAUAGCACUUAGGUCAGAACUUUUUUUUUUUAAAGCACUGUUUUUCAAUAAGAAACUCCCCCGCCCCGAACACACACACUAAGAUAAGAAAAACCCUACAAGAGGAAACGCCUACAAGUUAGAGCCAACUUUUUUUUUUUUUUAACUCUUGAAUUUUUGAACCUCUGAUGAUGCAAAUUGUAGUGUCUUUUUAAUCAAGACCCAAGAGAAGCAUUUUCUAAACAGGAUACAAAGACAAGAAAGGAUUAUUUCAUAGCUGCAUAUGCUUGGGAGAGCUGCUUUACAGCUUCUGGGAUGUGCGGAUGCCAUCAUGGUUUGUGAAUUGUUGACUCUUGGUCAUUGUUCUCAGACUAUGGGAGCCAGGUGAUGGAGGAGCUGAAGUUGUGUUUUCUUGAGUCAGAGAAGACGGUGCAUUCAUAUUUGGGCAUUUCUCAAUUUCAUUCCUAUAAAUAUCUGUUGAAGGUUGGCAUCUCCUCUUCCUGGUCUUUGGGAAAAUGGCACCCAAGAUGGCACCUCCUUUCGUCACAUGACAACAUGACCCAUAGUUAGUAGGGUAUGCAGUUGUCAGAAUACUCUCACCGUUCUAAUUUGUUACAUUCAAACAAUGUGCAAAGCGAAUGUGAGUGUCCCAUUGCUGUGGGAGGAUACUCUUCCCAACCCAACUGGAGCCCAGGCAUCAGAGCUGGUCUGCAGGAAUAGGCUUCUUCAUCAGACAGUAAAGGUCUUCAGUCCCUUGCUCGGAAACUUUCCAUAACAGCUUUCUCUUUUCCGUUCCUCUAUCCUUUUCAUUCCUUCUCUCCUGUUCCUUCCUUCCUUUCUUUCGUUCUUUCACCUUCCUCCCUUUUUUUCUCUUUCACACCACGAUUCCUUUGGUGGCAAAACUUGACUUGAAGUGACGUCGAUUUGUUAUACGUUUAAUUCAGACGAUUUUUUUCUGAAUGCUUGGAUAGUUAUAGCUGAAAAACUACCAACCAAUGGGUUUGAUGUUGAGGACUACCCUAGACUGGAAGCAUUUUGUAUUCAGUCUAUGAAUUGUGAAAGACAUCUGGUCUCAAGGGUUUUGUUUGGGAAAAGGUUUGUAGACUUUUAAGUAAGUCACCCAUGAUCUGACGCCAUCCAGAAGAAGUAAGUAGGGGCUGGGAGAUAACUCACUAGAUGGAUCGCCUGCCUCACCUUUUUUGAGACCCUGGUACCGCAUAGGAACACCAUCUAUAGCUUUGGAGGAACUCUGAGGAUAAAGCAGUGCUGCCUUGGUGUGUCUUACCUCUCUCACCUCCCCAUCUCUCUCUAAAUUAAAAAAAAGGGGCGGGGGAGGCAAAGGAAUCUCUUGUGCUUGAGGCCGUAUGUGCUUUUGCUCCACAUAAACAUUUUAAAAGAUGAAAAUGUUACAGGGAAAAUUCAGUUUUUAUCUUUUGGGGCUCAAUUCCUACACACACACACACACACACACACACACACACAUAUAUUUUACACUGAAUUGUUUUUCUGCUCAGUACAACAAAAAU